AAAUGACCGAAUGGGUCUCUUCCCUCCCCCCAGUCUAGCCGUUCUCGGGCGGCCGAUAGAGUAUCGCCGCCUCUGCUCUUAACAGCCCUCGCCCUCGCCCAACUGGAAUUUUCCUCUUCUUGCCAUGCUGGAUUGAUCUCGUCAAGCUUCGUUCUCCCUCAACUCUGCCCAUCAUGAGGUUCGGCGAGCAUCUCCGAUCCUCCAUGAUCAAGGAGUACUACCCGUACUACAUUGCCUACGACGAACUCAAGAAAGCUCUCAAAACCGACUUUGUCACCCAACCCACCCCGGACAACGUCAAACCCGCCCGCAAGGAAUGGACCGAGGAUGACGAGAUUACCUUCGUCACUCUGCUUGAGUCUGAACUCGAAAAGGUCUUUCUCUUCCAGAAGCGCAAGUCUGAGGAAAUCGUCGAGCGCAUUAAAGCGAGUGAAGUAGAGGUGAAUGACGUCGUCUCCUCUCUCGACGACAGCACCGGUUCCCGUCGCCAGAGCGCCCGCACGUCGAGGCCACCACCCACCGACGAGGAUUUUUUGCUGUUGGAACAAGACCUUUCCGAUAUUAUCGCCGAUGUGCAUGAUCUGGCUAAAUUCACCCAAUUGAAUUAUACUGGUUUCCAGAAGAUCAUCAAGAAGCACGAUAAAGAGACAAAAUGGUAUCUCAAGCCCGUCUUCGCGGCCCGACUCAAUGCCAAGCCCUUCUUCAAGGAUAACUACGACGCCUUCGUUGUGAAGCUCUCCAAACUCUACGACCUGGUUCGCACCAAGGGUAACCCAGUCAAGGGUGACUCAUCCGCUGGUGGAACCCAGCAGAACUUUGUGCGUCAGACCACUAAGUACUGGGUGCAUCGCGACAACAUCACCGAGCUGAAGCUGGUGAUUUUGAAGCACUUACCCGUGUUGGUUUUCAAUGCCAGCAAGGAGUUUGAAGAGAAAGAUACGGCCAUCUCCUCCAUCUACUACGACAACCCUGAUACCUGGGAGCUGUACCAAGGUCGUCUAAAGAAGACCGAGGGCGCCGAGGCCAUUCGUCUGCGCUGGUAUGGAGGCAUGGAGAGCGACCAGAUUUUCGUGGAGCGCAAGACUCACCGUGAAGACUGGACGGGUGAAAAGUCUGUCAAGGCCCGUUUUGCCCUCAAGGAGAAGAACGUCAAUGCCUUCCUGGAUGGCCGCAUGACUGUCGAGCAGGUCUUUGACAAGAUGCGCAAGGAAGGUAAGAAGAGCGCCGACGAGAUCAACGAUCUUGAGCAGCUUGCCCGUGAGAUCCAAUACCGAGUCAUUACUCGUCGCCUCGUUCCCGUCACCCGCACAUUCUACCACCGUACCGCUUUCCAGCUGCCCGGUGAUGCUCGUGUGCGUAUCUCGCUCGAUACGGAGCUUACUAUGAUUCGCGAGGACAACCUGGAUGGCCGCCGGCGCGCUGGAGCCAAUUGGCGGCGCAUGGAUAUUGGCGUUGACUUCCCAUUCUCGCAACUGCCGCCUGAGGAUAUUGACCGUUUCCCGUACGCUGUGCUGGAGGUCAAGCUGCAGACCCAGGCAGGCCAGGAGCCGCCGCAGUGGAUUCGAGAUCUCACAGCGUCGCACCUCGUCGAGGCCGUUCCCAAGUUCAGCAAGUUUAUUCACGGCACAGCUACCCUUUUCCCCACCCGCAUCGACCUCCUACCCUUCUGGUACCCGCAAAUGGCCACCGACAUCCGCAAGCCACCAACUCGCCGCUACGGUAUCCACCGCCCGAUGGCGAGCACGUCGCUGUCCGUGAAUGAAGAGGACUCGGAUGACGAUGAGUCUCCGCAGAUCACUGAGAGCGCCACACUAAACGGGUCGCGCGAGGGCUCAGAUGACCGAUACCUGUUUACCGAGACGAACGGAAACGAGUUGGACAUUGAGGAACGCAUUGCUGCGCGCCCGCUCCCCGGAGACGAGGAUUACCCUCUGUAUGAUUCUGACGACGAGUACGACACUGUGGACUCGGAUGAGCUGGAGGAGGCACGCCGCGUUGGUGGUGCUUACUAUGCGGAACAACUGGUUAAGCAUUGGGUCCGCAAGACUGGACGUGCGAUUGCGCAGGGACUCUGGGCGAUCGUUCCUCGGCCCCGGCCUACCGAGAUGCCGCCCCAAGAGGCGCGCGGUAUUCAGGUGCUCGGUACCCAGCGCAGGUUCCAGCGAUUCCAUGCUCCCCCUGGCAAGAAAAUCUUCGUCCCCGUCCGUGUCGAACCCAAGGUCUACUUUGCCGCUGAACGCACAUUCCUCUCCUGGCUGGAAUUCUCCAUCAUCCUGGGUGGUAUUGCCGCCACCCUUCUCAACUUCGGCAUCGACUCGAUCUCACUGGCCAGCGCAUGGGCCUUUACCCUUCUAGCCGCCGGUGCACUCGUCUACUCCCUCAUGCUGUACGUCUGGCGUGUGGACAAGAUCCGAAAGCGCCGCGAUGUCAAGCGAGUCUACUACGAGAAAUGGGGACCUACCGUUGUCAGUGUGGGUCUUGUAGCUGUUGUAUUGGUCAACUUUGCUUUACGGGUAAAAGCAGGUGGAUUCAUGGCGGGCGACCUGCCGUUGGAUGGUAGACCCCGUCAUGGUGAUGAGCUUUGAAACUUGUAACUUUGUCACUUUUGGAAAAGUUGGAAAGUAUACCUACACCUUACCAUUGAAGACCUGUGGAUCGGACUUGGGUCUUUUGCUUCUGCUUCGAUAAGCUCCACGCAGGACAUGUGUGAUACGCUGCUGAUGAGCUGGGACACAUCUUGGGACUGUAUUUAUCAUGGCGUUUGCAUUUUUUGCUUGCAUUUUUAGUUUCUAUUGCCUGGUGCUCGUGGCGUUGGCGUUGUGUACAGAUCCAGAUGAGCUAUGUGUAAAUAUUAUGGAAAUUUGCAU